CUUGCUCUCGCGCUCGUUUUGUCCUGGCCUGUUCUGUCCGGGUUUGCUCUGUUCUGCUCUGCUCGGAGCUGAUCUUUGCUCGUUUGAGGACUUUGCUUGUCGUACUGUCUGUCGUACUCGUCCAAGUCGACUAUCUUUUCUCUAUCUUUCUCUAUCUCUAUCACUCUCUCCCUUCUCGACCACCCAUCCAACACGCAGCCAGCCAUGGCGGCCCUCCCCCUCCUCGUCCCGGCCUGGCUCAACAACCCCCUCCCCCUCAUCCUCCUCAUCCUCCUCUUCCUCCUAAACACACUCACGUCCGCCGCGCCCUCUUCCUCUUCCUUCCCACCAGCAUCCUCCUCCUCAACAACAACAAAAGGCGCCUACACGAUCCACGGCGCCGUCAUCUUCACCCGCACCGGCGAGCGCACUCCGCGUCUAGGCAGCAGCAGCAACGACGACGACAACAACGCCGCCGCGCCGGCCCUCACGCCCCUCGGCGCGGCGCAGGCAUUUGCGCAGGGCGCGCUGCUGCGGGCGCGCUACUUCCCCGCGUCCUCAUCCUCAUCCAUCGACGAUGGUAGCAGCACCACGGCAGCCACCUCGCGCAUCGCAAACGUCUCGGCCACGGUGCUGCGCAGCGAGCAGCUGCUCGUGCUGGCGGCCGACGACGGGUACAGCGGCGCGACGGCGCUGGCGUUCCUGCAGGGCUUGUAUCCGCCGGUGGGGGCCCAGGCCGACGGCGACGAGAGGGCGGGUGGGGCCGCGCCUUUGGAUGGGUACCAGUACGCGCGGGUGCGCACGGCGUCGCCCUCGGACCCCGGCAGCGUGUGGGUGGCGGGGGCGAGCGGGUGCGCGGCGUACGAGCGGGAGGCGCGGGCGUGGGCGGCGGGUGUUGGCGCCGAGGGGGACGCAGACGCAGACGAGCUGUAUCAGGCCGUGGGGAGGGCGUUGCUCGAGGGCGUGCUGCCCCGCAGCAUGUGGCGGCGCGCGGACGCGUAUGCCGUCUUCGACGCCGUGGCGUAUGCGGCGGGGCAUGAUGCGCAGGCGCGGGCGAUGCUGGGGGCGGGAGGGAAGCUGGAGGGGGCGUUGGAAAGGCUGCGCUGGUUUGCGGACCGACAGCAACAAGCGCUCAACUCGGACCCCGACACCACUACAGCCCGCACCAUUGCCGGCCGCGCCCUCGCAACCAAAAUCCUCGACCUCCUAUCCGCCAACGUCGCCACUCGCGGCACGCACAACAAGCUCUCCCUGCUAUUCGGGGACCUCGAGCCACUGGUCGCCCUGUUCAACCUCGUCGGCCUAACCAGCAACAGCAACAACGGCAUCCCCGACUGGGCCAGCACCGCCGUCUUCGAGCUCCUCAGCUACUCCUCUUCGUUUUCAUCUUCCUUCCCCGCCUCCCCCACCGACCUCCGCGUCCGCUUCUCCUUCCGCAACGGCACUACCACCACUACCACUACGCUGACCCCCCUCCCGCUCUUCGGUCACGGCCCCUCCGCCGGCACCGACACGCCCUGGCCCGCCUUUGCAGCCGCGCUGCGCGCCUUCGCCCUCCCCGACGGCGUCGCCAGCUGGUGCGACGUGUGCAACGCCAAUGCCAACACUUCUUCCCCCCUCUUCUGCGCCGCCUUCUCAUCCCCCGCCACUGCCUUGCCACCACCAACCACACCGCCAGUCUCUCAAGCGCAAGCGCAUACGCAAACACAACCCCACCCCCUCUCCCCCCGCACAGCCGGCGCCAUCGGCGCUGCCGCCUCCCUCGCGGCCCUCGUCCUCGUAGGCGCGGCCGCGGCGGCCUGCGCGGGCGUGCGGGUGCACCGCCGGCAUCGGCACCAUAACCACGACUGCGGCUGCGAUGGGGCGUCUGCGUCUGCGUCUGCGUCUUCAUCACCGUCAACCCCGGCGGUGGCGGCGGCAACAGGCCUUUUCGCGCGCGCAGGGUGCUGCUUUUGCGCGAGACCGAAGGCCGGCAGGGCAGGAAGUGGCUUCCAAGCCGCCACCAAGCGCGCCAGCGACAUGGACAUGGACGUCGACGUCGCUGCCGGUGCUGGUGUAGCGGGAAGGGAGGGCCGGGCCGGGAGCUGGGAGAUGGAGGCGCAAGUAAAAGAGCGAGGACGGGGGAGGGGGAGGGGGAGGCGUCAAGAGGGAGAGGGAGAGGGAGAGGGAGAGGGAGAGGGGGCUGCCAUGACGCCCACGGCUGGCGCGCGUGUCAACGUGAGCGUGCCUGCACCCACCACCACCACCACCACCACCACCACCAGCACCGCCGCCGCCGCCGCCGCCGCCGACGCUAGCGAGCGAGCCUGGCCGCUCAAAGAAGGCCACGCCGCCGUUGGCGCCAACAACGACAACACCACCACCAACAACAACAACAGCAGCAGCAGCAAUGACGACGACGACGACGACGACGACGCCGAGCAAGAGGCCGAGGCGUGCGCGUAUGCGAGGCCUGUCGUUCCGCGCGAGGGGGUUUGAGUUGGUUUGUGUGUGUGUGUGUGUGUGUGUGUGUAAUGCGAUGGGGAUUUCACUCACUUGGCGUAAUUACAUUGGGCGCUGCUGGGAGUUGGGAGUUGGUUGGUUGAUUGGGCGGAGGGUGUAAUGCGUGCGUGCGGUAGGACUGGACUAGGACUGGGCAUGGUUAUUCUCUUUGUUUUCUCUGUUGUUGUUUCUGUUUCUGUUUCCAUUUCCAUUUCUACUGCCCACAGUGGCCACGUGGGUACCUACAUCUUCUCCUUGUACGUGUAGUAUCUGUGCAGUUUGGCCCUCUCUUCUUCUUCUUCCGGGUAGUUUGUACAUGGGAUGGCUGUGCUGCUGUAGCCGCCGCAGCGGGGAUAUAAUCUCUUUAAUUCCUAUCUGACUACUGUCUACUACUGUCUACUACUGCC